AUCUCUUUGUUGUGGGGGAAACCAGGAAGUGUGAGGAGGACUCUGAAGGGGCGCGAUGGGUUGCGAUGGGGGAACCAUCCCCAAGAGGCACGAGCUGGUGAAGGGGCCUCGUAAGAUCGAAAAGGUUGACAAAAAUGCAGAAUUAGUGGCCCAGUGGUAUUACUGCACUCUGAGUCAGGAAAAACUAAGCAGACCUAUAGUCGCAUGUGAGCUUGGCAGGCUGUAUAACAAAGAUGCAAUCAUUGAAUUUUUGCUGGAUAAAUCUUCUGAGAAAGCGGUUUUGGAGGCUGCAUCCCAUAUCAAGAGUAUUAAGAAUGUCAUUGAACUGAACCUCACCGACAAUCCAGCAUGGACAGGUGACAAGGGGAACACGAAGGGAGAUAAAUACGAUGACAUCCAGAGUGCACGUUUUAUUUGCCCUGUCGUGGGACUGGAAAUGAAUGGAAGACAUAGGUUUUGCUUCUUGCGGAACUGUGGGUGUGUGUUCUCUGAGCGGGCUCUCAAAGAAAUUAAGACAGAAACCUGUCACAAGUGCGCUGUUCCUUUUCAAGAAGAUGACGUAAUUGUGCUUAAUGGCACGAAAGAGGAUGUAGAAGUGCUGAAGACAAGAAUGGAAGACAGAAGACUGAAGAGCAAAUUGGGGAAGAAACCCAAGAAACCAAAAGCAGCUGAGACCAUUGUGAAAUCUGAUGUUGUCGAAGAUUCACCUGGACCAUCGAACGUGAAUACAGGAAAGGAUGCCACAAGCAUUAACUCUGGAGAAAAGAGGAAUAUUGCCUUCUGCAAGGGCACAGCAGUUGAGGGAAGCACAUUGCCUGCGUCUGGAAAAGAUGGCAAAAAUGCACCUGGGCCCCUCAAGCGACCUGCUACCAACAAGGAGGAGAAAUCAGAAGCGUACAAGUCUAUUUUUACUUCCCACAGCUCCGCCAAACGCUCCAAGGAUCAGUCUUCCAACUGGAUUACUCACACAGCUUACUAUUUCUGAAGCAACCCAAGUGCACGAUUCCUAGCAAGUCCUGCUUUCCCCCUGAAAAGGGAGGUCUUUGUAAAGUGGUUUCGUGCCGCUUGCCCAGGGAUCAGUAAAUUCAAAAGUAUGUGAAGUAGAUAAGAAAAAAAUAAACCAUUAUUCAGAUUGGCUUUGCUUGUGGCAGAAGAGGUGAUUUGAAGUGCCAGUCUUUAAGAUCACUGCCUGUUAACCCUUUCUCACAGCUGAUGUGUUUAUUCCAUUCUUAUUGUUCCUGCUUCAUUUUCAUAAUUGGGACACAUGUAUCAUAUGAGUACAGAAACAGAAGACAGGAUUCCAGCACCUAAGUUGUGUGACCACCACCCAGUAUCUGUCAAGCCGGCUGCCUUUGUUAUCAGCCCUAUUUGUGUAGGAAAUUGUAGGCUGGAGACGCAGACAAAGUAAGGCAGGAGUCCAGCAUCAUACAGACACCCUCCUUGCCCAGUUUUCCUUCAGACUUGGUGUAGAUGAUGGGGCAAAAUGCAAUCAGAAGGUUCCAACAAACAGCACAUUUGACUAGCCCCUUUCCUUACUAGAAGACGACUUUAGUGAGCCCUACUUUCCCCCAUCAGCAGUAGUCCAGUGUUCAUGGGAUGUGUGCUGUUUCGUAGCCAGGUGAUAAGUGGCAUUGCAGGCUCUGUACUGGCU